AUGGGAGAACCCGAAGCCGUCAGGCGUGGUGAACACAGCACAACUGCCGCGGAAGUCAACCCCGAGCAGGACGAGCCGCCGUCUAUACCGCGGCCCCCGCCCAAUCCCAACACCGUCCUCCCUCACCGCCCUGCCCAUAGUCUUCCCCUCGAAGAACUAGGUCUCUUUUGGCAGACCCAUAUUGAAAAUGGCCUCUCAAAGGCCGAUGCUUCUGCCCGUCUCCAACGGGACGGGCCUAAUCGUAUCGAUGGCGCAAAGGGCCUAUCCGUUUGGGAGAUUGUCAUGAGGCAAAUCUCCAACAGUCUGACGCUUGUCCUCGUGAUCGUCACUAUUCUAUCCUUUGCCAUCCAAGAUUACAUUGAGGGAGGUGUCGUCACCGCCGUCAUCGUUCUCAACAUUGUUGUGGGCUUUAUCCAGGACUACAAUGCCGAACAGACCAUUCAGUCUCUGUACGCGCUGUCCGCCCCGACAUGCAAGGUCAUCCGCGACGGUGUCGCAGAGACCAUCGAGGCCCAGAGCCUCGUCAAGGGCGAUCUAGUCAUGAUCGCUGUCGGCGACGUCGUUCCAGCCGACCUCCGACUUGUCGACGGAAUUAACCUCUCCAUCGACGAAGCCCUCCUUACCGGCGAGUCGCUCCCCAUCAGCAAGCACCCCGAGGCCAUACUCGAGGACGCCGACAUCCCCCUCGGCGACCGCCUCAACAUGGUUUAUUCCGCUACUACCGUUACUCGAGGACGCGCUCGCGGCAUUGUCACCACUACCGGCAUGGAGACCGAGGUGGGCAAGAUCGCAAUGAUGCUCCGCACCACCCGCAAGCGGGACGAGAACGCCUCUCUGACCUCCCGCGCCAUCACGCGCGUCAAGGCUGCCGGGAAGAGCAUACUGGGUCUCGAGGGUACCCCCCUGCAGGUCAAGCUUAGCAAGUUCGCUCUUCUGCUGUUCGGCCUGGCUAUUCUCCUUGCCAUCAUUGUCUUCUCCGUCAGCAGGUUCAACAUUGACGACCAGGUCCUUAUUUACGGUAUCUGCGUCGGGGUUGCCGUCAUUCCCGAGUCCCUUAUUGCCGUCCUGACCAUUACCAUGGCUGUGGGCACCAAAGCCAUGGCCUCCGGUAAUGUCAUUGUUCGUAAGCUGUCCUCCCUCGAAGCCGUCGGUGGUGUCACCAACAUCUGCUCCGACAAGACCGGCACCCUUACCCAAGGUCGAAUGAUCACCCGAAAGAUUUGGCUGGCCGAAGAUACGACCGCCAUCGUCGAGGGUACCACCGACCCUUAUGACCCUACCAGCGGCAAAGUGCGUUGGCCUGGUUCGGCCUCGUCGAGCUCAGCCUCGAGCGGAACGUCGACUCCGACAGCCGAGAAGACUGACGACACUAUCCAAUCGUCGUCAUUUGUCGCCUUCCUCAAGGCUAUUGCCCUUUGCAACAACGCUGCUGUUACCGACGGCAAGACGUCCGCCUCUACCGACACUGAGUCCAUGACUACCGCUACUGAAGUGCCGGUUGCGUGGUCCGCCAUUGGCGAGCCCACUGAGAUCGCCCUCCAGGUCUUCGCCAUGCGUUAUGGAAAGGGGAAGAACGACCUCGUCUCGUCUGAAAAGACCAAGAUGUUGUACGAGUUCCCUUUUGAUUCGUCUUGCAAACUCAUGAGUGUCGUCUACGAAUUCCCUGGAGCACCCCGUCAGGUCUUUACCAAGGGCGCUGUUGAGGUUAUGGUCCAGCGCUUGGCUGAGUCCGAAGCUACCAAGGCAAGGAUCGUCGCCAAGGCUGACGAGCUCGCCUCCGAGGGCCUGAGAGUCCUUUGUGUUGCACAGAGAUUCCUCGAUGACACCGACGACGCGAGCGAGAGAAACGAGGCUGAGUGCAAGCUUCGCUUCUUGGGUCUUGCAGGCUUAUAUGAUCCUCCCCGCGUCGAGACUAUUGGCGCAGUCAAGCAGUGCAACACUGCUGGCAUUUCCGUCCACAUGGUUACUGGUGAUCAUAUCAAGACUGCAACUGCUAUCGCCCACGAAGUUGGUAUCCUCCGUGGCGGCGAGCAGCCCACGGCUGUGAUGGCCGCCGGCGUAUUCGACGCCAUGUCGGACGAGGAAGUCGAUGCGCUCGAGGCCCUCCCUCUGGUCAUUGCUCGAUGCAGCCCUAUGACCAAGGUCAGAAUGCUGGAGGCCAUGUAUCGCCGUAAUGCCUACUGCAUUAUGACUGGUGACGGCGUCAACGACUCGCCUGCCCUCAAGAAAGCCCACGUCGGUAUCGCCAUGGGCAAGAGAGGCAGUGACGUUUCCAAGGAGGCAGCGGACAUGGUCCUCACCGAUGACAACUUCUCAUCCAUCGUCACCGCCAUUAGGGAGGGUCGUCGUUUGUUUGAUAACAUUCAGAAGUUUUUGCUCCAUCUCCUCAUUUCCAACAUCUCCCAGGUCAUCCUUCUCCUUAUCGGCCUUUCCUUCAAGGAUAGAAGUGGUACCUCCAUUUUCCCUUUGUCUCCGUUGGAGAUCCUCUGGGUCAACCUAAUCACUUCUUCGUUCCUCGCUAUCGGUCUGGGACUUGAGGAGGCGCAACCUGACAUCCUCCUCCGUCCACCCCAUAGUCUUCGGAUUGGCGUCUUUACCUUCGACCUGAUCCGGGACAAGAUGAUUUACGGCUUCUUCAUGGGCUCGCUAUGUUUGGCUGCGUUCACGUCCGUCGCGUACGGUCCUGGCGCUGGCGACCUCGGUAGCCACUGCAACGACGGAUGGAAUGAAUCUUGUGGCGUUGUCUUCAGGGCUCGCUCCACCGUCUACGCCACCCUUAGCUUCUUGCUCUUGGUCACUGCCUGGGAGGUCAAGCACUUCCAGCGCAGUCUGUUCAACAUGAACCCCGAGUUGUGGACCGGCCCCACCGCUGUCUUCAAGACCAUCUUCAAGAACCGCUUCCUCUUUUGGGCUGUCACCGGUGGCUUCGUCAUGACCUUCCCUGUCAUCUACCUUCCCGUGGUCAACCGCGCCGUCUUCAAACACGACAUGAUUUCUUGGGAGUGGGGUAUCGUCAUCGCCUGCCUGGUUGUCUAUAUUGCUCUCAUCGAGUGUUGGAAGGCCGUGAAGCGUCACUUGGGGCUUGGACUUAUGGCACGCAUUCCCAACGAACAGGUCUAA